AUGGACUCCUACACUGCCCGCGAGGAAUCGAGGCCACCUGCGGAUUCGUACAGACGGCGCUCGCCAGCCUCUGGAGACCGUAGACCUCGACGACGCUCGCGAUCACCCCAGAACAUCGACAGAUACCAGCCCGACCGAGCUCGCGAUUACGACCACCCGCGUCGCGAUGGGAACCGGAGACGCUCCUCUCCUCCACCCGUCCAGGGUGGCAUCGAUCGUUACGUACCCGGUCAGGACAACUUCACACCGACUUUCACAACCAACCCAGUCCCCAACCCUAUGAACCUCGAAUACCAAGUCGGCUUCAACUACUUCGCCGAGUGGUGGCGCGUCGAACAGACUAUGAAGGAGGAGAAGGAGCGCGCAAAGAACGGCGCCAGGAAGCCUGUGCUCCGGGGAGAGCGCGAAGCUCGCGAGGAACGAGGCAAGGAGCGUGAGCUCAUCCAAACCGCAUACGACGAGUACAAGGAGAAGCUUCAGGUGCAAAUGGCCAAGACCUUUGUUGACAAGCACAAGGGCGAAGAAUGGUUCAAGGAGCGCUACGAUCCGGACUACUAUGUGGCUUUCAAAGACAAACUGAGGGAAUACCGUCAUGGAAGCUAUGCCGACUGGGAGCGACAGUUGGAUGAAGGAUACUUUGACGAGUUCACCCUCGAAGGUAUCUACAAGAAUGAUUCCAACGGUGCUGGUGGCAUUGUGGAGAAGGAAGAGGGUGAAACUACAGCUGCUAACGAGGUUUUGGGUGUAGGGGAUCUUCUACCCUGCAAAGGCGGCGAGCUACGUGACGAAGCUACUUUCCAACCCACGCUCCUCAUCAAGACUAUUGCGCCCACUGUCAACCGCGUAAAGGUUGAGGAGUUCUGCCAGGAGCACCUAGGCGAAGGACCUGGUGGAUUCAAGUGGCUCAGCAUGAGUGAUCCCAAUCCACUCAAGAAGUGCCAUCGUAUCGGCUGGGUCAUCCUGCACCCCAGCGAUGAUCAGCCCAUGGUCGUUGACGAUCGCGGUGACGCGCGUGAUGAUGAUGAUGAUGAUGCUGAAGAUGGCGCAGUCGACGAGAAACCCCAGAUUGGCCUCCAAGGCACCGCCCAGAAAGCUCUCGAGUCUAUCAACGGCAAGACUGUCAAUGACGAGGUCCGCGGCAACUUCACAUGCCACGUUGGCGUUCAUGAGCCACCCGCGGCCCCCCGGAAGAAAGCGCUGUGGGAUCUCUUCUCUACUCCUGAGAGGAUUGAGCGUGACUUGGAGCUGGCUGAGCGAUUGGUCAGGAAGAUGGACAACGAAAUGAAAGACGGUCACGAAAUCGACUUCGCAGAGGUUGAUGGUGUUGGCAAGAUUGAGCAGCGAGUCGAGGACCUUCGCUCGAAGGGUUGGCUUCAACCUCCCGCAAACGCGCCAGCUCCCCCCAAGAAAGAGAAGGAUCCUGAAGACCUGGAGGAAGGCGAAGACGAAACCAUGGAGGACGAUGAAGGUGCAUACGAUGAUGAGGUCGAUGACGAAGAGCUGCUGGCCAAGAAGAAGAAGCUCGAUCUGCUGAUUGAGUACUUGCGACGUGUCUACAACUUCUGCUUCUUCUGUGUGUUUGAGAGCGACUCGGUUCACGAGUUGAUUCGCAAGUGUGCAGGCGGGCAUCUUCGCCGUCCUCGUGCUAGUUUGACGACCGCUGCAAAAACGACAGCUAGGGCUACAGCCUCUGGCCAACCUUUCCCCUACAGGAAGCAGGAGUCAUCAGGCGAUGGCGAGAACAUUGAAGAGGGCGUUGUAGAGGAGAAGAAGCCUCUGAGGUUGAGUGGCAAGACCCAGCAGCAACUUCAGCGAGCAUACAACUGGGUGAAGACUUAUGAAGAGAAGAUACUGCAGCUGCUCGAGCCUGAGAAUGUCGACGUCAGGAAGCUUGGCGGUAAGCCCUUGGAAGAGGCUAUGGAAGACGAGCUUGCCAAGUUCGUCAAACAAGAAGACGAGUCCAAGUGGCGCUGCAAAGUCCCGGAGUGCACGAAGUUAUUCAAGGGACAGCAUUUCUGGCGCAAGCACAUUGAGAAGCGUCAUCCGGAAUGGCUCGAGAAGUUGGAGAAAGACCUCCGACUUGUCAACAGCUACGUUGUUGAUCCUGCGCACAUUGCCCCGUCGCGAAGUGAUGCCAAUAGUAAUGGCCACUUCCCCAUGGGCAAUCACAUCCAGGCCACUGGCACACCGCGAGGCUUCAACCUGGCCAACAUGAACAUGACCAUCAAUGGGAUGCAGAGUGGUAUGAAUGCUCAGGCUCUCUUCAAUCCUGCUAUGGCAGGCAACUGGGACCCAACCCUCGGCAACGAUGACCGUCACCAAUCCGGAGCAGCUCGACGAGGUGGUCACCGUUUUAACAACAGAGCUGCUGGACCCUACGAUAGACCACCUCGUGACGGUCGCAGUCGUCCCAACGGUGGUGUUGGACGCUUGACACCUCCGCCACGAGGUGGCCGGCCUGGCGUCCAGCGCUUCGGUGAUGGCGGGCCAGGUCCUGUCCAGUCUACCCAAGGCCGUUCCAUCAAGAGCUACGAGGAUUUGGAUGCUGUGGGCGGUGGCAGCAGCGGAGAGCUCAACUACUGA